GUUUUAGUCUACUUCCGGGUCACGGCUACAAUCGUGGACCACUUAGCCUAAGAUGCUACUGUGCUCAGCGACGUAAAAAAAGCCAAUUUACUCUCCAAUUAUCAUCCGGAGUAUUUCGGUUGGAUAUGACCGAGCCUCGCAAUCCGGGGAUGUCAUCCCUCCCCGCCGUCGCCGCCGCCAUGCAACCCUCCGACAACCCCUGUGCUGUCGACAUUGACCCGGUGGAGUACACGCUCCGAAAACGACUCCCCCGUAAACUGCCCAAGAGGCGCAAUGACGUGUACGUCAACAUGAAGACGGACUUCCGGGCGCAGCUCGCCCGCUGUCAGAAGCUUCUGGACGGCGGCAGCGGCCACCGGGAGAUCUGCGUGCACGGUCUGGGACUGGCCAUCAACCGGGCCAUUAACAUCGCGCUGCAGCUGCAGGCCAGCAGCCAGGGGGCGCUGCAGCUGGCCGCCAACACAUCCACGGUGGAGCUGGUUGACGAUUUGGAGCCGGAGGACCCCGACGAGGCCGCUGAGCCCCUGACGCGAACGCGCAACAAUUCGGCCAUCCACAUCAAGGUUUUUUACCCUGAUCCCUUGUGAAGAACCAAGAAGCAGUUGGAAGACUUCUCCCGAGUUGCAUGCAUGUGCGUCAAACAUUUAUUUAUUUGGAGGACUGAAUCUGUUUUAUACAGAAACGUUCAACUGCCACAUCUAGGCAAAAAUAAGUUUUAAAUCUUAUGUUAAAACCUGAUAGGUUUCACGCCAUGACUUCCACGUUUGGAAAAACGAAGCUAUUUCUGCUCGGUUCUUUGUGUCUUAUAAAGCAAGAUUAAAACGUGAGACUUGGGUAAUUUUUUUUUCCGAGUGUGGCAGCAAUACCGUUUUUGCAUGACCCCCCGUUACCCCCCCCCCCCCCCCCCCCCUUCCCCUUCCCCUUAUUUUUUAACCCGAAAUUGCUUUUCAUAUACAGCCAGUGAUUCUUGUAUCGCACCGCGUGUUGUAUUGAAUGUCCACUAGGUGUCAGUAGUUGACUAGUGGAAGUCUUGUGAUUAUGAACUACAAAUAAAAAUCGCUCUAAGAAA